AAAAACGGAAGCUCCCAGCAAGUGGAAAGACAGGAUCCGCGCGGGGUUUCAGGCAGAUGCAGAGCGUCAGUAGCCUGUGGCCCGGGAUCCCAGCGCGGAGGUGGAAGAUGAGGCCUGGGGACCCCGCGCCCUGGGUGCGCGCGGCGCGUGAGGCGAGGGGGAGGGCGCGGCUCCGCAGCAGCCAGCCUCCUCCGCGCGCCUAGCCGCAUCUCGGAGGGCGGGGCUGAGCCCCCGGGCCGCAGUGCGAUUGGCGGAGGAGAGUAGGGGACGCCGACGGCCGAUGCGAGGCCACGCCCCCGACUAGCCCCGCCCACACGCGCGCGCCGGCGGCGGGGCAGCCUCUCUGGCUCUCGCCGCGCCCCCGCCCAGUCCGCGCGUCAGUCGAUCCCGAGCGCGGCUGCGGGGCGGAGAACUGCAGCUGGCCCAGAGCGCCCACCCGAGGAGGCGGCGGCGUCCGCGGGCAUCACGGGAGGAGGAGGUCGAAGCCUAGAGACUUGUGCAGCGCCAUGGCCCCCAUUGGCCUCAAAGCUGUGGUCGGAGAGAAGAUUAUGCAUGAUGUGAUAAAGAAGGUCAAGAAGAAGGGGGAGUGGAAGGUGCUGGUGGUGGAUCAGUUAAGCAUGAGGAUGCUGUCCUCCUGCUGCAAGAUGACAGACAUCAUGACCGAGGGCAUAACAAUUGUGGAAGAUAUCAACAAGCGCAGAGAGCCGCUCCCCAGCCUGGAGGCUGUGUAUCUCAUCACUCCAUCCGAGAAGUCUGUCCACUCUCUCAUCAGUGACUUUAAGGACCCGCCGACUGCUAAAUACCGGGCUGCACAUGUCUUCUUCACUGACUCUUGUCCAGAUGCCCUGUUUAAUGAACUGGUAAAAUCUCGAGCAGCCAAAGUCAUCAAAACUCUGACGGAAAUCAAUAUUGCAUUUCUCCCAUAUGAAUCCCAGGUCUAUUCCUUGGACUCUGCUGACUCUUUCCAAAGCUUCUACAGUCCCCACAAGGCUCAGAUGAAGAAUCCUAUACUGGAGCGCCUGGCAGAGCAGAUUGCAACCCUGUGUGCCACCCUGAAGGAGUACCCAGCUGUGCGGUAUCGGGGGGAAUAUAAGGAUAAUGCUCUGCUGGCUCAGCUAAUCCAGGACAAGCUCGACGCCUAUAAAGCUGAUGACCCAACAAUGGGGGAGGGACCAGACAAGGCACGUUCCCAGCUCCUGAUCCUGGAUCGAGGCUUUGACCCCAGCUCCCCAGUGCUCCAUGAAUUGACUUUCCAGGCUAUGAGUUAUGAUCUGCUGCCUAUCGAAAAUGAUGUAUACAAGUAUGAGACGAGUGGCAUUGGGGAGGCACGGGUGAAGGAGGUGCUCCUGGACGAGGACGACGACCUGUGGAUAGCACUGCGCCACAAGCACAUCGCAGAGGUGUCCCAGGAAGUCACCCGGUCUCUGAAAGAUUUUUCUUCUAGCAAAAGAAUGAAUACUGGAGAGAAGACCACCAUGCGGGACCUGUCCCAGAUGCUGAAGAAGAUGCCUCAGUACCAGAAAGAGCUCAGCAAGUACUCCACCCACCUGCACCUUGCGGAGGACUGUAUGAAGCAUUACCAAGGGACUGUAGACAAACUCUGCCGAGUGGAGCAGGACCUGGCCAUGGGCACAGAUGCCGAGGGGGAGAAGAUCAAGGACCCCAUGCGAGCCAUCGUCCCCAUUCUGCUGGAUGCCAAUGUCAGCACUUACGACAAAAUCCGCAUCAUCCUUCUCUACAUCUUUUUGAAGAAUGGCAUCACAGAGGAAAACCUGAACAAACUGAUCCAGCACGCCCAGAUCCCCCCAGAGGACAGUGAGAUCAUCACCAACAUGGCUCACCUCGGCGUGCCCAUUGUCACCGAUUCCACGCUGCGUCGCCGGAGCAAGCCAGAGCGGAAGGAACGCAUCAGCGAGCAGACAUACCAGCUUUCGCGGUGGACCCCGAUUAUCAAGGACAUCAUGGAGGACACUAUUGAGGACAAACUUGACACCAAGCACUACCCUUACAUCUCUACCCGUUCCUCUGCCUCCUUCAGUACCACCGCCGUCAGCGCCCGUUAUGGGCACUGGCAUAAGAACAAGGCCCCGGGCGAGUACCGUAGUGGCCCCCGCCUUAUCAUUUUCAUCCUUGGGGGUGUGAGCCUGAAUGAGAUGCGCUGUGCCUACGAGGUGACCCAGGCCAACGGAAAGUGGGAGGUGCUGAUAGGAUCCACGCACAUCCUUACCCCACAGAAACUGCUGGACACACUGAAGAAACUGAAUAAAACAGAUGAAGAAAUAAGCAGUUAAAAAAAUAAGUCGCCCCUCCAAAACACAUCCCCCAUCCCACAGCACUCCGCAGCUUCCCACCACCACCCGCCUCAGUUCCUUUGCGUCUGUUGCCUCCCCAGCUCUGCACGCCCUGGCCGGCACUGUUGCCGCUGCGUUCUCGUGUUCAAUGAUGCCCUCUUCUUGUUUGAAACAAAAGAAAAUAAUGCAUUGUGUUUUUUAAAAAGAGUAUCUUAUAUAUGUAUCCUAAAAAGUUUGUGUGCAAUUGGUGCACGGCAGAAAUUUCUGGACUGUUAGGAUGGAUGGACGCCUUCUUCCCGUUACUUAAGAUUUGUGACCUUGUACAUAACCCUGCGUGACAUGGCACAUUGCUUGGGUAUGGAAAGGUAGAAGUUUGGGUGUUUUUAAAACCUUGUUUGAGGUUGUUCCUGUCUUUGUUGUGAAUCAUAGAGAUGUCUGUGUUCUUGGAGUAUUUCACACGGAGGAUUAAUCUGUUAUCUUCACUCCAGUCCCUACCCCUUGUGCCUGCUCUCAUCCAAAUAACCCGGGAGGUGACAAUCAGGGGACAUCUCAGGAGGUCUGAGGUGGAACAGACCUCUUUUCCUUUCCCAGCAUCUCAUGCCCCCUGUGGUACGGCUAUGGGUGGAGGCUGGGGUGUCCAUGCAAAGACAGGCCAGUGUCCCCUCCUCCACAACCUGUCCGUACCCCCUCCCCAGCCUGUGUCCAUAGUGCUGUGAUCCUGAGGGAAGUCCUCCAGUCUAAGUCACGGUACCCCGACGAGGGAGAAGCAAACUUCUGCCGGGAGCCUCCAUGUCUUUGGAAAAGCAGUUAGUCCACAGCCUGUGGACUAGGCCCUUCUGCCCCCAGGCAUCACCCCAACAGCUCAUUUUCUGUAGUCAGCUUUAGUUCAAAGUGUCAGGAAUGGAUGAGAACAGAUGGGUUCUGGAGGCCCCUGAGCAGAGGGCUAUGACUGUGGAGAAGGUCUUUGGCCCACUGGACUCACACAGACCCUUUGGCCCACUGGACUCACACAGACCCUUUGUCCCAUUGGACUCACACAGACCCUGAACCCUCUCGGGAAGCAUCUUCAGUCAGAUUAUCUUCAGUUUCAGAUGCUUCAUAAUACCUUAUUUUGUGUCGUGUUGGCGUCAUACGUCAUCGUGUUCAUAAGAGAAGAUGGUCAUUUUAUUCUCCGUAUAAAACUUAGCUCUAAAGCAAAAACUAAAGCAGCAAAUGCAGGAAGGCUGUCUCGCCAUCCUCAAGACUCAGCAGUUUUCAUUCUCCAGCAGUGAGCACACCAUUUGUGCUGCUGCUGUUGUCGUGAAAUGUAAUAACAGUGGAAGUCACAAAAAUGUCCCCUGCCCAGCCCCCUCGCCACCCUUGACCUCCCGCAGGCCAUGUAUGUAUUACUCGUCUAGUGAUGUCCUUGCAAAGUGGUGUACGCGAGCCCAGCGCCGCUGCCUCCCUUUCAGAGCCUGCGCCUCGCCCUCUCCGCUCGCUGCAUCGUGGUGUUCUCUUCUCAAGGCUUUGAAAUCUCCCCUUGCACUGAGAUUAGUCGUCAGAUCUCUCCCCUGCCUCCCUCCCAACUUAGAUGACCUGAUUUCCUUAGGACAGAACCGCAGGCCUCUGCGCCGGGCGUCACUCCCGCUGCUUGUUCUGUCCUUUCCCUCAGACCAAACAGUGCUCAUGCUUCAGGACCUUGUUUGUCAAAGAUGUUGGUUUCCCUUUAUCUGUUAUUUAUAUAAAAAUAAUUUAUCAAAAGGAUAUUUUAAAAAAGCUAGUCUGUCUUGAAACUUGUUUACCUUAAAAUUAUCAGAAUCUCAGUGUUUGAAAGUAUUGAAGCACAAACAUAUAUCAUCUCUGUACCAGUCUGUACUAAAGCACUUGAGUCUAAUAAAUAAAGAAAUCGGCACCCCUUCCUGGUGUCCA